GCCCGCCCGGCCCGGCUCGGCCCGGCCCGGCUCGGUCCGGCUCGGCUCGGCCCGGCCCGGCCCGGCCCCGCGAGCUCAGCCAUGGAAGCGGCGCUGAUCUUCCUGUGCUCCCUGCUGGUGCCGGCGGCUCUGGCGGACGCGGCCACCGAGGAGAAGGAGAACGAUCCCUUCAACUACGACUACCAGAGCCUGCGGAUCGGCGGGCUGGUGUUCGCCGUGGUCCUGUUCACCGUCGGCAUCCUCCUGAUACUCAGCCGGAGGUGCAGGUGCAGUUUCAACCAGAAGCCCAGGGCUCCGGGGGACGAAGAGGCUCAGCCCGAGAACUUGGUUGCCUCCAACGCGACGGGAGCUCAGAAAGCGGAGAACUGAGCGCCAGGCAGGCGCCCCGGAGACCCGAGCGUGGACGCCCGGGCUGCCGAUGCCGGCAAGCUCCCGCCGGCAGACCGAAGCCGCAGCAGCAGGCCCUUCCGGGGAGAUGCAAAGAUGCCGUGUCCGUGUUCCCCUCCGCACCUCAGCACCGCCUCUGCGUUUACCGACCCGACUAAGCGCCGCGCACCGUCCUCUCUGCCUCCACUGCCGUGUAACACUAAUGGAAGACGACCCUGACCUCCAGGGCUAGCUGCUGCCGCUGAUGUGCUCGUGACUGUCUCGCCCCCUUGUCGCGCUGCGUGUGACGGGCCGGCGUGGUGCCCUCGGGCUCCCCGCGGCCGCGGCCCCGGGGCGUGGGCGCCGCCGCGCAGCCGUUCCCCUUCGGUCCCCUCUCCCCUCUGGGGUGGCCGCGUCCUCUUUACAGGCGCCGGCCGAGGCGCUGCUAAGGGGCCGAGCUGCCGCGCAGCCCUCGGGGCGGCAGCAGCCUGCAUGCCAAGUGCCGUGAGCGUGCACGGCGCUGCACGAAUUGCACGUGCCCAUGGCUCGGCGCGGGCUGACCUGGGGGCCGUGCCAGCCGUGCCUGCUGCAGCCGUGCUUCGGGCACCGCUCCAGGCACCCGCGGGCUGCGCGCUGUGGCCGUGACACGGUGCGCAAGGACGGGAAGGGGGCCGGUGCGAGGCCCAGCUCCGAGCCCCGCCGCCGGGCACGGUUUCAGCAAUAAUCCUCCUGCAGCCACCCAGUGCCAGCCCAGCCGGGAAGCCCCGUGGCUCGUGUUUGCUCGCCGCAGGACUCAGACCUCCACGCGCAGCCCCUUCCUCACGCUCUGAGCCCACCCCACUUGCGUCCCUGGCCGACACUGAGCUGUCGGCGCAGCGCGCUCUUUGCAACGUGCAAAAACGCUGGUGGCAGAGAAGCCUGCGGGAGCCCCGACACGGCGACGCUGUGAAAGUGGGUGGUGCAGCAGCAACCCCGCUCACCGGCACGGGCCCUCCGCGCCGGUGCCACAUGCUGCCCUGUGGCACCGGCCUGCUGCCCGCCCUGCGCGGGGACGAGCGAUGCAGCCCACGGCCCGCAAAGCUGCGCAGCGCCUCCGGGGUGGUUUCGAGAGGGGGUUCGGCUCUACCACGCGGCGCCGAGCCCGCUCGGUCCCGCGUGCGGCGGGCGCAGCCGGUCCCUCCUUGCCCCAGCCGUAGCAGAGUGCCCGUCGCCUCCUUCCCCGGUGCCGGUGCCCGUGCCCCCGCCCGUUAGCUGUGUGCCCGUCCCGCCGUCGGUGUUGCAGUGACCGUGGUGUCCAUAGUGUGCCGUCCGUGUUAGCGCGAAGCCUGUGGUGUCCAGACAUGGCCAAAUCUUGACUGCUGUUAAAUAAACCCGAGCUGUUGUCUUUC